CUUGUUUCCUAAUAUGGAGCCAUCGACAUUCCAGACUUUAUUUUCUGCGGUUCUCUUCGUGGACACGCGAAAGCUCAAUCAGCGAAAGAGAAAUUGGAGUAAUGAUAAGACAGAAUGGAUUAAAUAUACAUAAAGAAAAAUAAGAUUGAAUCAUUUUUAAACUGCAACCAGAAAAAUGUCUGCUUGGAGUGAUCUGGAGCUGCUUUUAGACUCUCCCUCCUCAUUGACUGUAACUUCUACUGCAAGAGGAACUGUGAAGGAUAAGGCUAAUUUUAAGCCAGAAGAUGACGUCGCUGCCCUGAGAAAAGCAAUAGAAGGCCUUGGUACAACAGAAAAGACCCUGAUUGAUGUGCUGACCCAAAGAAGCAAUGCCCAGCGUCAGCUUAUUGACACAGCUUAUCAGAAAGCCACUGGAAGGACAUUAGUGGCUGACCUAAAGGGCGACACCCACGGAGACUUCGAGGACUUGUUGGUUGCUUUGGUAACGCCUCCUGCUGUCUAUGACUGUCAUGAAGUCAUGAAAGCUAUAAAGGGUUCAGGGACCACUGAGAGCACUUUGACAGAAAUCUUUGCUUCCAGAUCCAACAAGCAGAUUAAAGCCAUGACCGAUGUGUACCUCAAAGAAACCGGAAGAUUGAUGAGAGAUGAUCUGAAGUCGGAAGUAUCUGGGGAUUACGGCAAAGCGGUGCUCAUCUUGGCUGAGGGAAAGAAAGAUGAGAGCACCAAUGUGGACACAGCUAAAGCCAAAGCAGACGCUAAGAUUCUGUAUGAGGCAGGAGAAAAGAAGUGGGGAACUGAUGAGGCCAAGUUUAUCGACAUCCUGUGCCAGAGGAGUGUUCCUCAGCUUCGACAAACGCUGAUUGAGUAUAAGAAUAUUAGCAAGAAGACUCUGCAGGAAAGCAUUGAGAGCGAAAUGUCUGGAGAUCUGGAGGAACUCCUGGUUGCUGUUGUGAAGUGUGUCAAGAAUGCCCCUGCAUACUUUGCUGAGAGGCUUUUCAAGGCCAUGAAGGGAGCAGGAACCACAGAGUCCACGCUGACGAGGAUCCUGGUCAGUCGCUCUGAGAUCGAUUUAAUGGAUAUUAAAGAAGAAUACAAGAAGCUGUUUGGAUAUACCCUCUACAGCCAGUUGGAGUCUGAAGUGUCCGGUAAUUAUGGAGAAACUCUCAAGAAGCUGUGUGGCCAAGAUGGCUGACUUCUCCCAUGUCCUCAAAUACAACCUGGAGGAGCAGGGAUGAUCAAUAAUCACCUGAAGGCCUAAUAACUGAUCAGUUUGACUGAUCGUAACCCAAAUGAAUGGAAAUAAUCAAGUAAUACUUUCAAAUAUGGUAUUCUGAGUUUUAUAUACCUAAAUGUAGGUGUCACUUUGUUGAUAAUGUAAUGUUACUGCACUGCAGUAACAUUUUGAUAUGAGUGCCUUCUUUCCUCAAGAGAAAAACCCUACAUUCCUUUGAAAUAAAAAUAAUCCAAUAAAGUUUUAA